UGCGGAGAGGGGCAGCCCGCCCAGCCGGGGAGCGGGGAUGGGCGCUUGAAAGGGGAAUCUGUGGCCGGCGGAGGGAGAGCGGGACAAGUGGCUGGGGCGAGUGUGCCCAGCUCAGGGACCUUUGUGGCGCGGCUCAGCCCGGCGGGAGAGCGCCCAGCAUGGAGCCCGUUACCAAGUGGAGCCCAAAGCAAGUCGUGGACUGGACCAGAGGCUUGGAUGACUGCCUGCAGCAGUAUGUCCCCAAAUUUGAACGGGAGAAGAUAAAUGGUGAACAGCUGUUACAGAUUUCCAAUCAAGAUCUUGAAGAAUUGGGUAUCUCUCGAAUUGGACACCAGGAACUGGUUCUGGAGGCAGUGGAUCUUCUUUGUGCACUGAAUUAUGGCCUUGAAACAGACAAUAUGAAGAACUUGGUUCUCAAAUUGCGAGCUUCUUCCAACAACCUGCAGAACUGUAUCAGCAGCCGGAGGAAAAAUUCAAAGUAUGAUGGAAAAACAUCACACAAACCCCCCAAUGAAUUCCUCACUUCAGUGGUGGAGCUCAUUGGUGCUGCUAAGGCCUUGCUAGCAUGGUUAGACAGGGCCCCAUUUACAGGGAUUGCUGACUUCUCAGAGACAAAGAACAGAAUCAUUCAGCUCUGCUUGGAUCUCACCACCACAGUUCAGAAGGAUUGCACUGUGGCUGAAAUGGAAGAUAAAGUUCUACAUGUAUCAAAGAUUUUAAAUGGAAUUUGUGAUAAGAUGAUCAGAUCAACUACAGAUCCAUUGAUGAGCCAGAGUGCAUGUCUGGAGGAGGUUCAUUUAACCAACAUUAAACCUGGGGAAGGCCUGGGAAUGUAUAUCAAAUCAACUUACGAUGGAUUACAUGUAAUUACUGGAACUACAGAAAAUUCCCCUGCUGAUCGAUCUCAAAAGAUUCAUGCUGGUGAUGAGGUGAUCCAGGUUAAUCGUCAGACUGUAGUGGGAUGGCAACUAAAAAACCUUGUAGGAAAGUUGCGAGAGAAUCCUUCUGGCGUUAAAUUGCUACUUAAGAAACGUCCUACAGGCUCUUUUAAUUUUACUCCAGCCCCACUGAAGAACCUACGCUGGAAACCACCACUUGUACAGACCAGUCCUCCACCAACUACAACUCAGUCACCAGAAAGCACCAUGGAUACCUCAAUGAAAAAAGAGAAACCAGCCAUUCUGGACCUCUAUAUACCUCCACCACCAGCCGUUCCAUAUUCUCCUCGGGAUGAGAAGGAGAGCCUCAUUUAUGGAGGAGGUAAUAAACCUAAGCCGCCAUUACCUGGCUCCAAGGGUGCAGAGUCUCCUAAUUCUUUCCUCGAUCAGGAAAGCCGAAGGCGAAGGUUUACUAUUGCAGAUUCUGAUCAGUUGCCUGGGUAUUCCAUGGAAGCAAAUAUACUGCCAACAAAGAUGAGGGAAAAAACACAGUCUUAUGGAAAACCUCGCCCUCUGUCGAUGCCUGCAGAUGGGAGCUGGCUGGGAGCUGCAGAUCCUUUCUUGAGGCCCCGAGCACCAGGAAGAAAAGGUGAAGAUGUCCUCUGCAGGUACUUCAGUAAUGAGAGGAUACCCCCAAUCAUUGAAGAAAGUUCCUCCUCGCAGCAGCAUUUUGCAAGGCCAGUGGCUGACAGGCAGUUAGUGAGGGGCGCAGACUACAUCAGAGGCAGCAGGUGCUUUGUGAACACAGAUCUUCAUAACAGUGCGACUAUACCUUUCCAGGAGGAAGGAGCUAAAAAACUCUCUGUUACGUCACCCACAAAAUCUUCCUCCACAGAGCCCUCACUGCUGGUCAGUUGGAUCACAAGACUUAAACUGUUGACUCACUGAUGGUUUGAUAGAAUGUGUUCUCAUCUUCUGUUACCAAGUGCCUUUGUUCCUCAGUCAGACUUCUUGCUUUUCAGCUACAGUAUUACAUAGUGACUGGUGUGUUGAUCUAUUCCUGGAGAGUUGUACACAUCUCCCCUUUUUUGGCUCUAAUAUAGUGGAACAGAGAGGAUUGGAUAAUGUGAGAUGGAAGUGGGAUAAAGGUCUAGUUUGUUUUUCCUGCCCCAAAGUUGAGGGAACUCAUUCGUCUGGAAACAAGUAAGGCUUCAGUGAAUCAGAGGUCAUAUCUGGUCUGAAAUCUGUAUGAGCUGUGCAGAAGCAAUCGUUGCAUUAAAAUUAGGUCCAGUGGCACUUCAUUUGCUAAAAUGUUCUGAUGCUGCACGACCUACUGGCUUGCCGAAUAUGUAGAGCUAAGCGAAAAUCCAGAGCUGUUCUCCUGACCAGAAAGGCAAGAGGGUAAACAUCUAUUUUGUAUCAUAAUGUGGUGUUGUGGCAAGUACUGCUGCAGCUUUAACUUGUUAAGGAAUAAAGGUAGCUUCUUCUCUGUGAUUACCAGAGAACUUUGUUAGGAAUAUAUUAAACCUGGUUUAUAAUCCAGUUAUUGAGAUCUCCAUACAGGCAAACGAGUGCUCUCUGAUUUGCUGCAGUGCUCAUCCAUGAAGAUGUGGAUUGCUACAACAUGCCAAGAAAGAGCAUCUGUAGAGGUGGUAAAAGAAAUGUAUUUUUUCCUUCAUUGUUUAAGAAUAAUUUGCUGUUAACCAAAGUAUCCAUGUAAGAACAAACCCUGUUGGUUUUAUGAAACCUCUACAGUGGUUGAGUUUUUGAACUGACAGAUGUGUUUUCAGAAAGAAGAAUGUGCUGUGAUACAUUACAGUAGUAAGACACCUGGCUAUUUUUAAAUGUAGCUCCAGUUUUUCACCUUUAAAAGUCUCAAGUAGCAGCUGGUAUUUGGGAAGGGAGAAAAAGCUUGUAAAAUUAUGGUUAUUAAAGAAUCAUUGUUUAAAACUGAAUGUACAAGAGGUUGUUAGUAUGCAAAAAAAGUGUUUAAUUUAAGUGUUAAAUAUAGCUGUAUAUUUUUUUUACUCUUAACCAUAUGUAGUUUGUAUAUUCCUAUCUACAGCACUGUGCACUAAUUAACCAGUGCCAAAAAACAUACUGUUAUGUUCUCCAUUAAAUCAACUGCCAAAUGCUGCAUUGGGUGAUCUUGCAGUAAUGACAGAGUCUCCUGUGUUCCAUCUACAUUAAAGAAAGGAAAA